AUCAACUCAGAGCAAGCAUUUCUUGUCUUCCAGAGAACUAUUAACGAAGAGAAAAAGAGAAAGAUGGCCAAGAUUUCAACUCUUACUGUGAUUUUUCUGGUGCUAUGGCUGGCAAUGUCUGUCGGGACUAGGGCUCAUGAUCACGACGGCAAAGUUGAAUCAUGGACUGAAUGGACUGCCAAGGGACUCGGAAUAAGUCAGAAAAAUGAAGUAGACGGGAAUGCCGGUGGCGAUAACAAACCAACUGAAGAGGAGGUACUGGGGGCAUGGCUAAAUGUUCUGCGUGGAGCCGAGGUUGCUCUUGAAGCUAAUAAAUUUCACACAGCUAUUGCCAUGGUUGCAGGAGUUUCUGCCAGAUUAGAAAAUAGCAAUAUGCCUGACGAUGAGAAACGCGCCAAGUUUAAAGAAAUGCUCAAACUAAUUGAAUGGGCAGCCGAGGAAGAUAAGAAAGUCAAAGCUAUAGCUCUCAUUAACACACUUACAGAGGAAUUCAAACGGAAAUACGGAAAUCAGCAAGGAGGAGGAUAUCAGCCGAGGGGGUUACUCGAAGCCGAAGAUAAUCAGAGAAAAAAGCAGUUGCUAGUGAACAAUUUGCGAGAAGCCUUCACAGCUAUUAAAGAGAAGCAAAAGGAAAAGGCUGAAGAGAUUCUUUCCAAUGUUUACCUGAUUCUUAAGAAUAAUAAGAAUUUAUGUAAGGAAGAAAAAGCACUAGCAUUUCUUGAGGCCAUCCACCAAACUGAGCAGUAUUUAAAAGAAAAUGCGAUAGAUAAAGCUGAACAGACUCUCCAAGGAGCUGCGUUCGGUCUAGGAAUUCAGCAGCUACAAGAACAAGAAAAGACAGAAGCCAAAGUGAGUAGAAAAGUUGGCGCUUCCAGUUCUGAGCUCUAGAUUCCUUCAACUUGGUUAUUAAGCUGUGUCUAAUAACCUUUACCAGUACAAAUGCUUACGUACUGAAGGGUACGCAAAAAGGAAUGUGAGAUUAUUAUGAACAUUUCAAGAUCCUACCGACAUUAUGUAUGUGAAUCUUAAGAAAAAUAAUGUGUUCGAAAUGUUUGAAAGUGGAAAAAAAAUUUGGACAAUUAAAUCAA